CUUUACUCUUCCGUCUUCGUCUUCUUCAUCUUCCACCUCUUCUUACUUGUCCUCCACUCCCUCUAUUCUAUUAUUUUCUUCAACCUCCAUCUCUCCUCCGUCCUCCUACCCUUUCUCUCUCUUUCUCCUCCCCCUUUCUCUUCCCUUCACACCAGUCAAUGACUGUCUCGCCGUUUGCCCUCCAGUCCUCACACACACCCAUCCCCAAGGGAUCAACGGCCCCAGGGAGGACCGACACUGUAUCGAAUGUCCAUGCCAACAACACCUGCAAAGACCAGCCGCCGACCCCCUCCACAUCCUCCAUACCGCUCUACACCCCGAUCUGGGACUAUGACCGCUUCCCAGUCGGGCCCUGUCUCCAAGGUCGCAGGUCGCACGAGCAGCAGAACCCCUUUUACAUCGACUAUACCCAGCAUCAUCGGCCUCAGGCAAACAUCUCCAGCUCAGACAUGAUCCGUUCACAUUCCUCGUCCUCCUCUUCCUCAACCUCGUCCUCGACCGCUUCUCCCCCCUUCCUCUCGGACACGGGCUCCAGUCGGCACCAUCGCCAUGCCAGCAGCCACAGACACAGCAGCAGCAGGCGAACCAGCUGCUUUGGAACGGAUCACGAUAGCAACCUCUUGGGCACCUCCUUAGUCACCCCCCACACAAACGUUGUCUCUCCUCUGAAUGCUGCAGAUGCACAUGCACUUGCUGCAGAUGCCUCCUUCUCCACCGCACCUCAACAACAGCUGGCAACAAUCAGCAAAUUCGACCAGUACAAGGCCCAGAUGGAGCGCCUUCGAUCCAUCCGGACGCCGUCAUCAUCAUCGUCUGUGUCACCUAGCCCGUUAUCAUCAUCCACACCAUCCCCUGUAACAGAAUCAUCGUCAGGGGCAGGGCCACAUUUAUCGCCUAGCGCCAAGAAAAGCCCCGGUUUCAUCCCGAAACUGUUCAAAAAGGCCUCGCUCUCCAAAAAGUCGUCCCGGGAUCGACAGCCACAGCCACAGCCACAGCCACAGCCAUCGUCGACACCGGAAACGCGUCGGGCCGAUAGUGCGACCGAACCUUUGUUCUCCCCCAACGCAAACCCAAGCUCUUCACAAUUCUCGCUGGUCAAUGAAAAACCUGGCGAGGUUUUCCAGGCUCAAUCAUCCAUACCCCAUAUCCAACCUCGGCAGCGGCCACAAAGACGGUUCCGCUCUCGAUCCAAUCCAGAAAAGAACAACGCCCUCGCAGAGGGGUCGGAAGCGAUCGAAUCCUACAAAAGUGCACCCUUUUCAGCAACGACUGAUCAACGGUCCCCACUCGAAGAGCAGCAAGACCGCUGGCGUGAUGAAUGGCUCCGACCCUCAGGUGCGAUCCAUUCCAAGUUCCGGGACCGACCCUCCAAGUUCAACUGUCCCCACUGUGGAGCGAUCAAGGUCGUGUCCCAUAUUCAGUUCGUGCCCGGUGUCAUGUCCUACUUGGUCGCCUUCGGACUCUUGUUUCUCACCCUCGGAACACUAUCGUACCUGCCCUUCCGCAAGGAUCAUGAGGAAACCAAGGAUUGCAUCCAUUGGUGUCCUGAAUGUGGACAGAGAGUUGCCAGAUUCAAUCGUGCGAAUGCCACCUGGGAGUGGAUUUGAACCCCACCUUCGUUUUCUUAUUUUUUUUUUUGCACCUCUCUUUUUUCGCAUAUCAGCAUAGUCUUUCUAUUAUAUUAUUACUCCUCUAGCAUAAUCAUUCUCCACCAAAUUGUACCAUCAGAUUCGAUAAUAAAACAUUCUUCAUCAAAACAAGUGCUCAUCAG